AGAUAAUCUAGAUUUAUUCUAUAUUUAGCACCUGGACUAUGACCUGGAUUUCUAGCCUAUGAUAAAUAUUAUCAGUACUUACAAUUACAUAUGUGUAGUAACACCUUGACAUAUCAUUGUUUGUAGGCUAUACAUGUGGGAACUUAUGAAGUAGGGUGAUUUGCUGGACUUUAAUCAUAAAACCAUUACUCUGUUGUAUAUUGAUGUAUGAUUGAACUGUUGUAAAAAUAAGGUUAUUGAUUUCGUUUGUGGAGUCAUGCAAGCCAUAGAGUAGAGUUUUGCUGUUCUUAUACUCAUCAGGUAAUGUAGAAAUGGUUUUUCGUCGAAAAGUAUUGAAGUUUGGACAGUGUAAAAGAUAGUAUUCGCUAUCCUCGAAAAGGUGACCACAAUUGCAAGCUGGAUUUUCAGAGAUGUGUCUAAAAAACAGACACAUUUGAAAAUUCUGGACCACAAUAGAAGAUGAUUGAUAAAGUUUUAAUUGGUUUAGCCGGAGCUGCCGGAAUAUCUUUUACAGCAUGGAAGACAAUGUUUCCGUGGAUAGGAGAUGAUCUAAAGAUUCUACAAGCUGGAUUAAAAGUUCGGAAAGUGAUGAAUGAAGAAAUAGAACGAGGAUAUUUCCUUAUAGAUAAAUUUGAAGAUAAAGUGAAACUACAUCCAGACAAACCCUUUAUAAUAUAUGAUGAUAAUAUUUAUAGUUUCCAAUUCGUAGACCAGCAAGCGAAUAAAGUAGCCAACAUUGCCAAAAGAUGGGGUGUUACUGUCGGAGAUAUUGUAGCUCUGUACGCAUUCAAUUCACCAUCAUUUAUAUGGACAUUUUUUGGAUUAGCCAAGUUGGGUGUUUCCGUAGCUUUAAUAAAUUCUAACUUACAAGGAAAAGCUCUGGUACACUGUGUUAAAGCAAGUGGAGCUAAAAUACUGAUUGUUGGUGAAGGUAUGGAGUUAUUGAAUACGGUUAUAGAAUUGGACGUGGAGCUAGAUAAUUAUGAUGUUUAUAUACAAGGUUCCAGUAAAGAUCAAAUUCCACCUAAUUAUACAAGUUUUGAUGAUUUAAUGAGAAAAACCAUGUCUACACCGAUACAUAAAAAUGUCCGUUCUAAAAUGAAUGUGAUGUCAACAUUUUGUUUUAUCUAUACAUCAGGAACAACAGGACUGCCGAAACCAGUUUUCAUCUUCCAUAUAAAGAGUAUAUCUUUAUCAAAGUUAGUUGGAUUAUUUGGUGUGAAAGAAAAUGAUAUUUUCUACAUAUUCCUACCAUUAUAUCAUACCUCUGGUUGUAUGAGUCUAUUUGGUGCCAUUGAUCUUGGAGCCACUGUGGUAAUAAGGAAGAAAUUUUCUGUCAGUUAUUUUUGGAAGGAUGUGCAUCAGUAUAAUAUAACAGCUAUACAGUAUAUUGGUGAAUUAUGUCGUUAUCUGUUGAGUGGACCAAAGGAUGCAUUAGAAAAUCAACAUAAAAUAAAGGUUAUGUUUGGUAAUGGAUUACGAAAAGAUAUAUGGACCAAAUUUCAGACGAGAUUUAAUAUUCCUAAAAUUGUUGAGUUUUUUGGAGCUACAGAAGGAACAAGUUUUACAUUUCAAUUAUCAAAUAAACCUGGUGCCAUAGGGAGAUAUUCACCAUUAAUUAAAAAAUUAGAUCCUUCACCUAAAAGAAUUGUUAAAUAUGACUUUGCUACUGCAGAACCAAUUAGAGAUAAAAAUGGCCGAUGUAUUGAGAUAAAACCAGAUGAAAGUGGGUUAAUAUUAAGUAUUAUACCAGAAACAGUUAGAAGUUUGCCAUUUUAUAGAGCAUCAGAAGAAGAUAAUAAAAAGAAAAUAGUAUUAAAUGCUUUUGAAGAGGGUGAUGCCUAUUUUAAUUAUGGUGAUUUAUUUUAUUUGGAUAAAGAUUAUUUUCUUUAUUUUCAAGAUAGAUUAGGGGAUACUUUCAGGUGGAAAGGAGAGAAUGUAUCUACAACUGAAGUAGCUAAUAUUUUAACCAAUAUAGAUUUUAUACAAGAUGCUAAUGUCUAUGGUGUUAGUGUUCCAGGUCAUGAUGGUCGUGCAGGAAUGGCAGCAUUAACCCUGACAGAUAUUCAGGAACUCAGUGAAGACAAUUUAAAAACUAUAUAUAACCAUUGUGAAGAAGAACUACCACGAUAUGCCAGACCUAUAUUUUUACGUGUUCUAGAAGAAGCCGACUUAACCUCAACAUUUAAACAGCGUAAAGUGGAUUUAAUAAAGGAGGAAUAUAAUCCAACCGUUAUUAAAGAUCCACUUUAUUUUAGGGACGAUUCUAAACAGACAUUUGUUCCACUCACUUUUCAACUGUUUACAUCAGGGUUAGCCAAAUCUAAAUUGUAAAAUGGACAAAUUAUUAGUGAUAUGAUUAGGUUUACCUAUGACAAAUAUUUUUAGUGAAUUUAUUGUUAAUUUAUAUAAAUUGUUAUAAAAUGUGAUAUUAUUUGAGGCAUCAUGACAAAUUAAAUUUUAUAUUUUGUUUUACAAAAUAAAUCUUUAUGUG